ACUUUUUAUUUGAUUGAAUUUUGAACUUUUUUAGCUUCGUUUUCGUUUUGAUGGGGGGUUUUAUUCUUGUUUAGCUAUCUGGAUUUUGGUUCUUUGUUUCGUUCUAAUCUUUAGUUUGGGUUUGAUUGGUUGUUUUUUAUUAUGUAAUUGGUCUCAUUUCAUGGCAUCAAAAGGGAAAUUUUGCAGGAGUUUGUCUUAAUUUUAUAUUGAUUACUGCCUCUUCAUUCUCUUCGUUGAGAGUGUGUGCUUGUGUGUGUUUGUGAUGGGAAUUUCUCAAAAUGUGCUAUGAGAGCUACGAGUGCUUAUUGGAUUAUAUAGGCAAUUAUGAAUUAUGGUAUAAUUAGAUCUUAAUUGGUGUUUUGCAAAAAUCAAGAGUUGAGGUUAAAGAUUAUGUUUUUAAUGAGUUCAAGGAAGUAAUAUUUGUGAUUGAUGGAAUUUUAUUGCCUAGUUUGAUGGAAAUUGAAGUUUAUAUGGAGAAUAAUGUUGUUUAAAUGAUAGUUUAUUUUUAGAAUUUUGUGAUUGAGAGGGAGAGAGAAUGUCUGCGGGUGGCACGCAGAAGAGCUUGAGGAAAGCACUUGGAGCCAUCAAAGAUACCACCACUGUUUCAUUGGCUAAAGUCAAUAGUGAUUAUAAGGAAUUGGAUAUUAAUAUAGUUAAGGCCACAAAUCAUUAUGAACGGCCUGCAAAAGAAAAACACAUUAGAGCAAUUUUUGCCGCCAUUUCAGCUGCUAGGCCUCGGGCUGAUGUUGCUUAUUGCAUCCAUACUCUUGCAAGGCGGUUAUCAAGGACGCAUAAUUGGGCGGUUGCAUUGAAAACUUUAAUAGUCAUUCAUCGUGCUCUGAGGGAGGUGGACCCUACAUUUCAUGAAGAACUCAUUAACUAUGGCAGAAGUAGAAGCCAUAUGCUUAACAUGUCUCAUUUCAAGGAUGAUUCCAGCCCAAAUGCAUGGGAUUAUUCUGCCUGGGUUCGAACUUAUGCCUUAUUCGUGGAGGAGAGGCUGGAAUGUUUCUGGGUCUUGAAGUAUGAUAUUGAGACAGACCGCCCGAGAACUAAAGAUUUGGACACCCAAGAGUUGCUUGAGCAGUUGCCAGCUCUGCAACAGCUUCUUUUUCGUGUUGUUGGUUGUCAGCCACAAGGUGCAGCUGUUCAUAAUUAUGUAAUCCAUUUAGCACUUUCGAUGGUUGCUUCUGAAAGUGUCAAAAUUUAUCAAGCUAUAAGUGAUGGUACAAUCAAUCUCGUAGACAAGUUCUUUGAGAUGCAACGUCCUGAUGCUAUGAGGGCUUUGGAUAUAUACAGGAGAUCUGGGCGACAGGCGGAAAGGCUUUCAGAAUUUUACGAAGUUUGUAAAAGUCUUGAUGUUGGGCGUGGAGAAAGGUUUAUUAAGAUAGAGCAGCCUCCUGCAUCAUUUCUACAAGCCAUGGAAGAGUAUGUAAGAGAAGCUCCACGGGCUUCAACAGUUCGCAAAGACCAGGCUGAUGAACCCAAGGAAGUGUUGGCCAUUGAGAACAAGAAAACCCCAGAGGUGCGGGAGGAAAGUUCACCAUCACCUCCUCCACCUGAACCAGAAAAAGUGGAGAAAGUGGAAGAGCCUAUUGUUGAACCGCCUGAUUUGUUGGGUUUAAAUGAUCCUGUUCCAGUUACUUCAGAAUUAGAUGAGAAGAAUGCAUUAGCAUUGGCUAUUGUUCCUGUUGCUGAGCAAACUUCUGCUGCUGCUCCUGUUCAAGCAAAUGGUACUUCUGGCUGGGAAUUGGCACUUGUCACUGCUCCAAGCUCAAACGACAGUGCUGCUGCUGCUAGCAAACUGGCCGGAGGACUUGACAAGCUUACACUGGACAGCCUGUACGAUGAUGCAAUCAGAAGAAGCAACCAAAAUAUGAGCUAUAAUCCAUGGGAACCAGCUCCUAUGUCUGGUGCCAUGAUGCAACAACCAGCGCAUGACCCCUUUUAUGCCUCCAACAUGGUUGUUGCUCCUCCUUCAGUCCAGAUGGCAGCAAUGGCCAAUCAUCAGCAGGUGUUUAUGUUGCAGCAGCAGCAGCAGCAGCAGCAGCAGAUGAUGAUGAUGAUGGGCACACAACAGCAGCCUUCAAAUCCUUUUGGCAAUCCUUAUGGAGCCCAUGUCCAGCCUAACAGCUCAGGUAUGCCUGUUCAAGCAUACAAUCCUUAUUCAGGCCUUACAUAGAUGCGUUACCUGGAAGAACAGUAAAGAAGAAACAUGUGAAUUGUCAGCUGUGAAUUUUGAGGAUGGAAAAUGCUUGUAGAAUAGGAAAUUGUGUAUCAUAUGUUUGUGAGUGUGCUGUAGUUAGCUAGAUUAAGUUUUUUUUUUUAUUAUUAUUAUUAGAGAGAGAGAGAGAGAGAGAGAGAGAGAGAGAGCAUUUUAUUAUUGAUUAUUUUCCAUGAUGAAGAUUGAUAAUAAUGCUUUAAAUGCUGUUGAUGCUGGAGCAGGAGCUUUCAUGUUUGCUUUCAGGAUUGUCCCUUUCUUUUUUCAGUCAGAAAUUAUUUGUAAUAUUUUGAACUGUUCCCACACGCUUACUAUAGAGGCAUGAGUUUGAAAUUGAUGGCUCUUGGUUGGUUAUUAGUUUGUUAAUGGGAGUAAAAUUAUCUGUAUUAUUAUGAAUGGUCACAUGCUGCUGGCUUGUGGUUGUUGUUGAUGACCAAUAAUAGAUAUUCAAUAGAUAUAAUCCCUGCUGCAACCAUUGCAGAAGCCAGCAGGUAGGCAAAGGUAAAUUCGUUCUACCAAAUGUGCUCCUCUUGUCUCUUGGCUCUUGAAUUCAAGUUAUGGAAAGAAAACAAGGCAAAUAUCAAGGCCCACCACAGCUUGCUGGCAUUUAUUAUUAUACU